AUGCAAUUCGAGAUAAGCGGUCACGGAAAGAGAGAUAUGGCAAUGAAGGCAGAAGGGCGAGACGAUCGAGAGCGGGAUAGAGAGCGGGAGGGAGAAGACGAUGAGGGGAUGGUCGGGAGACAAAGAUGGAACGGAUGGGAGAUGGACGGGACGACGACGUGGACGAGAGCUUUGGAGACAAAGAAAACGGCAGACGAAUCGAGGCGCGAUGACGAGACGACGCCGUCGAACAAGCCAGUGAUGCAACGGGAUGCGCAAAGAGUGGAAAAAGGCAGUGUGUCUUCAGCGGCAACAGACACAUUAAAGCCACUUAUGCCAUCCAGGGCUGGCGAUCAGGACCUGCAUGCGUUUUUGACGUGCGAAAGCGCAGAGAUGCGUGACACAAUCGGAGAUAGAGGCUUAAGUGGGAGGUGGAGGGAUGGGGGUGCACAACAAGGCCGUGUGCGGCAGAAGGAAAGAGAGAGGGAGCAACUGGAAGAAUGCAUUGUGGAGACCACGCAGGUGGAGAAGGCGCGAGCGGCGUAG